GCGACCGGUGGAACAUGUCCAGGCAUGUCUCCCCACAGCCUCUCAGCGGUUGGCUAAGGAAUAUCACAUGGCCUGCCCCGCAACCAAUAGGAAGAGUUUUCAGAACCCCUAAAGGAUUCACCAGGGUGUGCAGUGCUUUUCAGACUUUCAACCCGUCGGGAACAGUUGCUGAUUUUAAGCAGGAGACAACAUGGAAACCCCCAGCACCCCGAUGAGGCCUAUAGAGGUGUCUACCCCGAUGGCACCAGAGAGGCCUAAACCCAGAAAGCGUUAUCUCAGCACCAGCUCUGACGAUGAACAGUUCCCACCAACAAAGACCCCACAGGAGGAAGAUGAGGAGAUCUCACAAAUAUGGCAAAGCUUGUUGGACUCUAUCUCGAUACCAAACUCUAUAAUGCAGGAGCCAGCAGCAGAGGCUGUAACAGCUGAAGAACCUGAGAAGUGCAUCAAUACUAGCAUCCCGCCGUCACCUAUUGAGCUUUGGAAUAUGGCUUCUGCAAGUAACAUUCACAUUCAGGCUCCUGAAGCAUUGGCAAACAAUCAGCCGGCGCAUCUCACCCUGAAAAAUCUUCUUGGACUGUCGAUUGAUGAAACACAGCACAUUUUACCAAGAAAGCGUCGAGGAGCUAUGCGUGGAAUUGUCAGAGCAACCAUUUAUGGCAUCUUGAAACACUGCCUAAGCCAGUAUCUGUAUGAGAGCUGUAUCGGUUGUACAAUUCAGGCCCCUGGACAGAGCUCUCACGAAUGUACAAUUGAAAAUUCUACAGCCAUCCUCCAUAGAACGCAGUUCAAGUGUAUCCAUAAGCGUCAACAGCUCCUUGUUAGCAAAAUCGUGAUACAUAGAGAACAAUCAGAUGACCACGCACCCAAUGAGAAUGUCAAACCUCAAGAUUCAAAGACUGAGACAACACAUGAGGGGCCCCAAGCGUCAAAGGCCGACAGACCUGGAGGCCACGGUAAAGCCAAACGAAAACUCAAACACCUCACGGGGAACACUUUAAAGCCGUUUAAAAAACGGAAAGUGGGCACUUCUGCUUCUGAUAAUUUAGAUGACGUGCUUGAAAGGCUGACAGAGGAAAUACAAAGGUGUUUUGUCUUCGUGUGUGGCCACCGGGAGUCUGCCCUCUCUCCGAGAGAAACCUCUGUGGCUACGAUGGCUACGAAAGCAAACAAAGCCCAAGCUAUUUGGACAACGUCUGUUUGCCGUCAUCGAUGUUGCUAA